GAAGUCAUCUCUAACUUUCAUGCAUGCUAAAGCUCAUCCUCUUUUCCUUUUGGUGAAUAUGUACCUCCCAUUUGCAUUUUCCUAGUAAUUACAAAUAUUUUGGCAAAUAUUUCUCACUUGUGACAAUGUCGUUUCUGUACUCCAUUAUUCUCUAUUUCAUCAUCAUUCCUGCCUUCAUCCUCCUCGUGAUAAGAUUCACAAUUAGAAAAUUACGUGGGAAAGUUGACCUCACGAAUGAAGUUGACGUCAGCGGAAAGACGGUGAUUGUUACCGGAGCGUCGGAUGGGAUUGGAAAAGUGACCGCGGAGGAAUUUGCCGUCCGCGGAGCUAGAGUUAUUUUGGCGUGCAGAAACUUGCAGAAGGCGGAACGAGCUGUGGCGGAUAUCCGCACGCGGACAACAAAUGGAGAAAUGAUAAUAAUGCACCUCGAUCUCUCAUCACUCUCUUCCGUGAGAAAAUUUUCAUCGGAAUUUAUCGAAAAAUAUGGAGGUGGCCUAUCCAUCCUUGUCAACAAUGCCGGAGUUCUUAAUGCGGCCGGGAAGAGGAAGCUAACUGAGGACGGAUUUGAAGAGGCAUUCGGCGUCAACCAUCUUGGUCACUUUCUCCUCACAAAUCUACUCCUUCCCGAACUAGCAAAAGCUGGAGAAAAAAAUCUUUCCGAACCCAGCCGCGUGGUUAUCGUCUCAUCCCUCGCACACACUUGGGGUUCACUCAACUUUAACGAUUUAAUGUAUGAAAAAACUCCACUCGAGGAUUGGCGAAUGAUGUCCAAACUUUAUUCAAAUUCAAAACUCGCCAAUAAUCUGUUCAAUUUGGAACUCGCAAAGAGACUCAGAUCCGGCAAGGUCAACGUUAAUUGUUAUGCUCUCUGCCCUGGAAUUGUCGACACGAAUAUUGGCAAAGAAGAUAUGAUGAACAAUCCGCCACCAGUUUAUGUAACAAAGAUCUUGUUUCCUAUAUUUAAAUGGGUCAUUAUGAAGGAUUCAAAAGAGGGUGCUGAAACAACAAUGUACUGCUCCCUCAGCAAGUAUUUGACGCAUCAGAGCGGGGAAAUGUACAGGAAUUGUGAAUUUUGGGACUACAGCAAGAGGCCCAAGCUUAGCGAGAAGGACGCCACAAAGUUGUGGGAAAUGAGCGAAAAAUUGGUCAAGUUGAACUAAUAUAAACUGUGACCUCAAACAGAGAAAUUGUUAUUACACACUUGCAUGAUUACAAAAUAUACUACAUACAUACAAUCCAUAAAGGUCACGAUUGUUGAUAAACAGAAACUUACAGUAUUAAAUAUGCAUAUGUAUGCAAAAAUGCGAACCAUAAUAUAAAGUAAAUUCGCUCAUACGAAGAUAAAAUUGUUCCAUAUUUGCAAUGCGUCACCGAAGUACUUAGAUAUUUCUAAUCUCGGUAAGUAUUUACCGAGACUUGGACCAAGACCGUUAACUUGGCACUACAGAACUUCUGUUACACUGGCAUGUGUAAAUACAUGCACGUAUGUAUGUACAUAUUUACUUACGUAUUAAUAACAUGUAUGUAUGUACAUUGUGCAUACAUGCACGCACACUUUCCGCAUAUGUAUAUGUUUAGAUAUGUAUUUAAGUACAUAUGUACAUAUUAAAAUGUUAAUCAGGUUUCUUCAUGAGAAAAUGGUUCAAAUGCUAUAAAUAUCCUAGUUCAGGUUAAGUAAGGGUCCUCUCCAAAUAAUUCCGUUUUCUUAUUACACUUUCUUCCCUUCAGUCUCUCUCGAAUUCUUGUAAGGUCCAUCUCAACGUGUCCUUACUAAAUAAAAUGUUCCCUUUCCACCAAAA